AUGAAGUCGUUAUUAAUUUACAAUAAAGUGUCAUUAAUCUACGACAUAUUAGAUGUUGUAAAAUCAUCGGACGAAGAUGAAAACUUCUAUUUCUACGACACAUUUAUUCCCGACCUUCUAGUUGAACAAUUUUAUAAAAUGAUCACUUAUUGGGAGGAUGAACAAAAUUUCUCAGGGUUCAUUCAACGGCAAUUAAAAGUUCCGGAACUCGUCUUCCGAGAGUUAAAAGGACAAUUAAAUAGGAUGAUGAAUUCAUUCAGUAAGGUUAAACUUGAUGCUAGGAAUCUUUCCUUUUAUUUGCUGGAUGCUGAGAGAGAAGCUGAGAGAGCAAUUAAAGACUAUUGGACUGAAAGUUUCAUCGAUCAUUGCAAAAUAAUCAGGGCGGAAAAGAAAUUAAGACAAGUUCGCCAAAUGAAAAAAUUCAUUAAGUCAUUAGUUGCAAAUUUGAAUGAGUUUGAUCACUACCUGAGAGAUUAUCAACGCAAGUUAUUCGAUGUCGAGACAGACAUAGCUUAUACACGUGCUUUGAAAAAGCUAUCAAAGAGGUUGCUUAAUUCUUUGAAAACUUCCGCCAAUUAA